AUGCCCUCCAAUGUUGCUUACGAGCUAAUCAAAACUGAACUCUCGGUAAUAUACAUGAUGGAUGGGAAUCCCGUUUUGAACCUGGCAUCAUUUGUUACAACAUUUAUGGAGAAAGAAGCUGAAAAAUUGAUUCGAGAUAAUUUGCCUAAAAAUUUUAUCGAUUACGAAGAGUAUCCGGCUUCUUCUGAUUUGCAGAAUCGCUGUAUCAAUAUAAUUGCUCGUCUAUUUAAUGCACCGGUAGAUGAUCCUAAGUCCGAGUCUAUGGGUGUUUCAACCAUCGGUUCUUCAGAAGCCAUAAUACUAAGUGUGUUGGCAAUGAAGAAGUUAUGGCAAAAAAGAAGAAUUGCAGAGGGAAAGUCAAUCGAACGCCCGAACUUAGUUAUGUCGGCUUCAGCUGCAAGUUAUCUUGAGGUUGAAGAAAAGUUUGUUUACUUAAAGGAAGGGGAAUAUAUUCUUAACCCGCAAGAAGCUGUAAAUCUUGUUGAUGAAAAUACAAUUGGUGUUUGCGUCAUAUUAGGGUCUACAUACACAGGACAUUAUGAGGACGCGAAGACCGUUAAUGAUUUAUUACUCGCCAAAAACAAAGAAAAUGGGUGGGAUGUACCUAUUCAUGUUGAUGCGGCGUCUGGUGGAUUCGUCGCACCUUUCAUUAACCCCGAUUUGGUUUGGGACUUUAGGCUUCCGUUAGUGCGCUCGAUUAACGUAUCAGGACACAAAUAUGGAUUAUGUUACCCAGGAAUCGGAUGGGCGAUUUGGAAAUCACCAAAAUAUUUGCCUGAAGAAUUGAUUUUUAACGUGAAUUACCUCGGAACUGAUCAGGCCACAUUUACACUCAAUUUCUCCAAAGGUGCAGCCCCUGUAAUAUCUCAAUAUUACAUGUUAAUCCGACUUGGGCGUUCCGGAUUCACUGCAAUUAUGAAGAACUUGAUGGAUGUCGCAAACAUUCUUGCCGAUCAAUUGGAGAAAAUCGGAAAAUUCGAGAUAUUAAGUGACAGAACCGGAGUUUCUUUGCCACUUGUGGCAUUUAGAUUAACUUCUAAGGACAUACAUUACGAUGAG